CUUCCUGUUUCACAUUUAACCGGCGCUCUGAGCUGAGAGGAGAAGAUCACAUUUCAGCUGGGAAGGAGAAUGGCUGCCUGGAGUUCUGCAAGUCUGCUGCUCCUCAUUUCACUCUUCAGCUGCAAUGUCUAUUGUUUUCCUGCUAAAAAAGGCUGGCGCCAGUAUAAUCCUUAUGGAGGCAGUUUCUCAACUGUGGAGACGCGUCCUGGAAGCUAUCGUAGCUUAUCCCAAGGUCCUCCUGCUCAGUCUGCCAAUAUGAAUGAUCCUGCUGUCUCUUACUACUAUGACCCUAUGAAGGGGGGAGAAUAUUCCAGUUACUAUCCAGCGAGCACUCGACCUGCUACAGACCCCCCCAGUCAGGCUCCUUUUUUGGACGCUGAGGAGUCUACAACUGACCUCAGCGUGUCCAGAACAUCUCCGCCCAUCAUGGACAUCAAUGUUCUUCCUCCUCCUCCGUUUCAGGCAGGUGAGCUCAAGCACUAUGAAGAGAAUUUUGAGGAUGGAAACUAUGAGGGGGAAGAGGAUUUUAAUGUGCCUCCUCCACCACUUCCUGAGUCUGAAUACCAGGCUGGUGAGUUGAGUCACUUUGAGUCCACCUACGAGCAUGGAAAUGAAGAGCGGGAAGCGGAGGAACAAGGUCUUGGGCCACCGCCCCUCUAUGAGCUGUCAUCCACGUCUGCUGCUUCCACAUCUGAGGAGAACUUGCAGCCAGCUCCACCAGAAGAGGAACCACUUCGACCAAGCCAGCUUUACCUAUUCUUGACUGGUCGGCUUCCUCCUGGCGCGCUCUCCCACUUCCAGUCAGAAUAUGAGCAUGGAGGAGACCACUGGAAUGAUGUCCUCUAUGAGAGAUACCAGUUUCCCAUCGCUCAAAGUCCAACCUCAGGCCCUGAGACAAAAGAAGAUCCCAGGGAAGAAGUCUGGCCGGAAUACUAAAGAGGACUUUAGAACGAACAAGACCAGGGGGAAAGACCACUCUACUGGUUCCUGCAGUUUAUCCAAAUAUGUUCUGUUUAUCUUUCUAAUAAAAUGGAAAAAUUA